AUGUUGGUCCACUACCCGGGGGCGUCCAACCCGUCGCGGCGGCCCGUGCGCCUGGCGGCGACGGAGGACGGACGCACGCUGUUCCAGCCGUGCGGGGCGGGCGUGCAGGUGUAUGACAUCAGCACGGGCGCGCUCCUGACGCGCCUCCGCCAGGGCCACUUCGAGCCGGUGACCGCCUGCGCCUGGAGCCCGCUGACUCAGCAGCUCUACACCGCAGCUUCCGACGGCUCGGUGCUGGCGUGGGCGCCAAAGGUUGAGGUGGCACUGGAAGACGAGGAGGCGUGGGAGUGGAGGCGGCGCGGGGACCUUGCGCCAGAGUGGGCCGCUCUGGACGAGGACGACUGGAGCGACGGGUACUGA